AUGAAGUCUCUCAAAUUCUGCUUCCUUCUUGUCCUUGCCCUUGUCUCUCUCUUCGACCCUUCUUCCUUGGCGACCCAUGCUUACAGUAGUACCCCGUGCAACGGUUGGAUUGCAGAGUGCAAUGAAGAAAAUGAGCAGUUGAUGGAGUCAGAGAUAAGUCGGAGAUUUCUUGCACAACAGAAAUCCAUAUCAUAUGGGGCACUAAAGCCAAACCGCCCUGCCUGCGACUCCGGAGCUAGAGGUCAAGAUUAUAGGAGCAGUGAAGGCUGUCUCCCUCCCCCAGCUAACCCUCCCAAUAGAGGGUGCCCUAAAUAUUACCGUUGUAGGUCCGGCUCCUGA